CCUGAGGCCUGUGUAACCCCAGACCUUGGCCCCCGCUGCCUGCGGCGGGUGCGGCUGCGGCUGCGGAGGGAAGAGGCCCAGAGCCCAUCAGCCCGCGAAGAACCUCAAGUCCAGCGACUCCGGGCUGGGAGGCACCUGUCUGCAGGCGCCUGGGCUCCAGCACCCACCGCGAUGCUGCCUGCGGCGCCUGGCCGGGCGAGCGGGAGCCGCCGGGAGCAGCCGCCCAGCGGCCCAGCGCCUCCAGAAAAUACAAAAGACAUCCUGAUGUUAUAUGAAGAGGACGCUGAGGAAUGGGCUUUGUACUUGAGGAAAGUAUUUUUACAUAUUGUGAAAAGAGAAGCAAUCCUGUUGUACAGCUUGGAGAAUUACUCUCUUCGGGAUUUGGAAUUGCUGAGUUUAAACUCUUACAAAUGCAAACUUUUGAUACUAUCAGAGAGCCUGCUUAAAGACUUAACUCCAAAGAAAUGUCAGUUCCUGGAAAAGGUACUUCACUCACCCGACAGUGUGGUUACCCUGCUGUGUGGGGUGGCGAGUUCAGAUGAGCUCUACAAGUUGUUAAAUGUCCCUGGAGGCAGAUGGGAGAUCUCAACUGAGCAGGGGCCCGAAGACUACGUCUCUGUAAUCGAGAGCAUCAUAUUCGAAGGUUCUAAUGAGUACCUUGAGUUCAGUAUUCCAACAGACAUAAGAGUGGAACAUCCUGGCGAAGUAAGCGAAAGGAAGCACAAGGAAGAAUUCUCUGAAGUUUCGGAAAGCAGCAGACCACUGGCAAUGGUGCUGCCCACAGAAGUUCCCUGUGAGAAUCCUGGUGAAAUAUUUAUUAUUUUGAGAGAUGAAGUAAUUGGUGAUACGGUGGAAGUUGAAUUUACAUCAAAUAAUAAAUGCAUUAGAACACGGCCAGCCCUUUGGAAUAAAUCUGUCUGGUGUAUGAAAGCUUUAGAUUUUCCUGCUGGCUCCGUCAGUGUCCAUGUCUACUGUGAUGGAAUCAUUAAGGCCCAAACUGAGAUGAAAUACUACACAACAGAAAAGGCUGUGGGAGGCCUGUUGGAAGUGGCAGGUCCAGGAGAUGGUGUGUGCCAGAAUGACAUGGAAGAACUUGAUGAUAUUCUCACAUCCGUAUUCAAGCAAGAGAUACCACAUUAUAAGUUCCAGUCUCUUCAAACCGAAAUCUACCCUCAAAAAGAAUAUACUCAUUUCAAAGAACUUCCGACUCUUCUCCACUGUGCAGCAAAAUUUGGCUUAAAGAACUUGGCUAUUCAUUUGCUUCAGUGUUCAGGAGCAACCUGGGCGUCUCAGAUAAAAAAUGUGGAGGGUUCAGAUCCAGCAUAUAUCGCGGAAAGGCAUGGUCACAAGGAACUCAAGAAAAUCUUUGAAGACUUCUCAAUCCAAGAAAUUAGUAGAAAUAAUGAGCAAGAAUAUGACUAUGAAGAGGAUGCUACCUCACUUUCUGCAUAUUUUCCCACCCUACAGAACCCAGCAUUUCAUCAUGAAGGUGAGCAGACAGAGAGGCAGAGUGCGGAAGGCGCUGAGGCAAAUGAAACAGCAAAGGAAGAAGAGAAUGAAUCAGGCACGGAGACCGAGGUUGACAGUGGGAGUUUUGAGGACCAGUACGAUGACUUGUAUAUGUUCAUUCCUGGAGAUAAUGCAGAAAUCAGCUCACAAGAACCACUCAUGGAUGACAGACCACCUCUUCCCCCACCUCGACCUGUAGUUGCUACCCUGCAACUGGAUAAACCUCCCUUCACAUUACAAGCAGGGAAAAUGUUGGAAGGCCCAAUGGAAAGAAGUCAAAAUUGGUGCGACCUCAGUGCAAAACGGGAAACACGAGGUGAAUCUGAAGGAGAGGAAGAAAAGACAGAGGAAAAGGAGCAGGAGGAGGAGGAAGACCCAUAUACUUUUGCUGAGAUUGAUGACAGUGAAUAUGACAUGAUACUGGCCAAUUUAAGUACAAAGAAAAAAAUUGGAGGUCGGUCUUUCAUUAUAAACAGACCUCCUGCUCCUACACCGCGACCCACAAAUAUCCCCCCUCGGAAAGCAGAGACCACACCUUACAUAGCUCAAGUGUUUCAACAAAAGGCAGCCAGAAGACAAUCUGAUGGUGACAAGUUCCAUGGUCCCAGGAAACAAGAGAGACCUCGGACGGAGAUCCAGGCCUUUUCCACUUUGAGGGGCUGUCUGGCUGCUGGGCAAGAUGAACUCAUCCUCCUGCAGGAGAAAGUGAAGAAUGGGAAACUGUCUGUGGACCAAGCCCUUGAGAAAUUUAAACACUGGCAGAUGGGAAAGACAGGCCUGGAAAUGAUCCAGCAGGAAAAACUACGCCAACUACGGGAUUGCAUUAUUGGGAAGAGGCCAGAAGAAGCAAAUGUCUAUGAUAAGCUCACCAUCGUGCACCAUCCAAAUGGUAACGAAAGUGUCCACAAUGAAAAUACUUUAUAUAGCAUGCCCCUCGGCAAUAAGCCUCCUGCUCGACUCCAAGUUGAAAAGGAAUUUGGUUUCUGUUGCAGAAAAGAUCACUAAGGAAGGUUAUUAUAAUGAAACAGGAAUCUGCAGACACUGUGCUUUCUGGGUGAAGCAAGCUUGCAUUUGGAUUUGCUGUCUUCAGAGCAAAUCUAUACUAUGAAAGAAAAAGCAGCCCUCUGGAUUUCAGAUUUUAUUAUUGCCACAAUUUAUUGACAUUGCAUCUGCUUCAGAUGGGUAUAUCAAGCCUAAAAUUGAAUGCCCCAGCAAUUGCAUUCUUUGAAAAUGAAAUUCUUGCAUUUUACAAUGCACUUUUCCCACUGAAGCAGCUAUUCCCCAUUUUGAAAACGGAAGGAAAACAAGAGCAGAAAAGUAAAAUGCUCUGUAGCAGUUAUGGGGCCUCUUUUAGGCACUAACCUUAAUAAAUUACUCCUUUUGUUCUUGGAAUAACCAUGAAAAUACAAAUUUGUUCAACACAUAUUUGCCUUUUCAGUGGUUGGUCCAUUUUCUGAAUUUCUCAUAUUCAAAACUAACUCUUGUCACAUCAUGCUUGCAGAAACCUUCCCUUAUUUAGUGUUUAUUUGGAUGUAAUCCUGAGAAAAUUGUUUUCCUAAUUUUUUGUAUCUCAUAUUAAUAUCAAUUUCUACAACCUGUAUCCCUCAUUAAAAGACUUAUAAUUUCAUCAAAUUACUUCUUAGGCACACCUUACUAGCUUAGAAUAGAAAGUGGAUUUCCCAUUGUAUGAUUUUCAUGCACAAUUGCUGCAAAUAAAAUAAAUGCUUAAAGCUAAA